AUGUCUGUUCACAGAGAUAAGGUCGAAUUGGCCUCCUUGCCUCAUACUUUCGAUAAGUCUGUGCCAUUGGCCAUCAUUGGCGGCACUGGUCUUUACGAUUUGCCCAACCUCAAGCCGGUUGCCAGACUUACCGUCUCCACUCCAUGGGGGUUCCCUUCUGCUCCAAUUACUAUUUCUGAGACUGAAAAGGGAGAUCAUGUUGCCUUCUUGGCUCGUCAUGGUUCUCACCACGACUUGUUGCCUUCCGAUGUGCCAUCAAGAGCCAACAUUGCCGCGUUGAAGAAAAUCGGAGUCAAGGCCAUCAUCGCUUUCUCAGCCGUGGGAUCCUUACAGCAAGAAAUCAAGCCUAGAGACUUCGUUGUGCCAACUCAAAUCAUCGACAGAACCAAGGGCAUUCGUCCAGCUACUUUCUUUGAAAAGGGUUUUGUGGCCCAUGCCAUGUUCGGUGAGCCAUUUGACUUGAAGCUUAACAAGAUUGUCACUGAUUCUAUCCCGCUGCUGGGCUUUUUGGAAGGCUUUGACACCGAUGGCAAGCCUCAAUUGCACAGUAAGGAGCACACCAACAAGGGUGAGGACUUGACGGUUAUCUGUAUGGAAGGCCCUCAGUUCAGUACCAGAGCGGAGUCAAGAAUCUACCGUAGCUGGGGUGGAUCGGUUAUUAACAUGUCGGUGUUGCCAGAAGCCAAAUUAGCACGUGAGGCUGAAAUUGCUUACCAGAUGAUCUGUAUGUCUACUGAUUACGACUCGUGGAACGAGAGUGAGGAGCCAGUCACUGUGGAGACGGUUGUGGGCAACUUGAAGGCCAACUCGGCCAACGCCACCAAAAUCGCUGCCACCUUGGUGGAUGUGAUUUCUGAGGAGUUGAGAACCGGAGCCGCCGGUUUGGGCAAGGACCUUGAAGGCACAAUGAAAUACGCUGUGAGCACCAGUCCUCACGGAGUCAAGAAAGAGUUGCUAGAGAAGAUGCACUACUUGUUCCCAGGAUACUGGCCCGUGAACUAG